GGCGGUACUCACCGGGCAGGGCGGGGGCGGCGCCCGUCCCGCACCCGCGGCGGCGCGGGGCCCGCACCGGGCGGAGCGGUCUGGCGGGUGGGACGCAGGCGCGCAGCUCAGGGCCCGGCGGCCGCGGAGCCCGGCGAGCACCGGCGCCGGCGAUGAGGAGCCCGCGGCGCGGAGCGCGGCCGCCGCCGGACGCCUCCAUUGUCUGAGCGCGGCCUGGCCGCUCCCGCAGACCUGCACCCCGGACCGCACGCGGAAGACAGGCUCCCCGCGCAGGAGCAGGGCAGGAGCUGGAGUGGUGCCCGGGCAGAGUCCUCAGCGGAGGAGCCGCACCCCUGGGCCCGAGGAACUGCCUCUGGGAAACUCCGGUGGACGUGCAGGAGGCGAAUGCCACGCUGACUUUCCCCGGGGAGCCUGCGGGCGGCCCAGACCCGCUCGGAGCUCUCAGCCUCUGCGGCGGGGGACGCUGUGCACCGCCGUCUGCGUGAGAAGUGCGAGGCCACCACACAGGGAGCUUUGAGGCUUCUAGACGCCAGCCGAGGUCUGCAGGUGGCCCGUGCGAUGUGGACACUCAGGACCCCAAGGGGAGCUCUGUGUUCCUGAGCCCGGGGUGCGCGCGGGCGUGCGUGUCACUGCGUAGGCAGUAGUGACCGAGUGGGGAGCGCUAUGCAGGAAGAAGCCUUCCUCUGGAAGGCAGGCAGGGCAGAGCUUAGGCCGACCUUGAACCCCCCAAGCGGAGCGAGCCUGAGAUAAGCUGCCAGCAUGGCAAGGUGCGAGGCUCUGUAGCGAUAGUAGCCGCAAGGACGUUCUCCUCUCAGCCACGAUACCAAAUAGGAACCAUGAUCUACAAGUGCCCCAUGUGCAGGGAGUUUUUCUCUGAGAGAGCAGACCUUUUCAUGCACCAGAAGGUCCACACUGCCGAGAAGCCCCAUAAGUGUGACAAGUGCGACAAGGGCUUCUUCCACAUCUCCGAGCUCCACAUUCACUGGAGAGACCACACGGGAGAGAAGGUCUAUAAAUGCGAUGAUUGCGGUAAGGAUUUCAGCACCACGACGAAACUCAACAGACAUAAGAAAAUCCACACAGUAGAAAAGCCCUAUAAAUGUUACGAGUGUGGCAAAGCCUUCAAUUGGAGCUCACACCUCCAGAUUCACAUGAGAGUUCACACAGGCGAGAAACCCUAUGUCUGCAGCGAGUGCGGGAGGGGCUUCAGCAAUAGUUCAAACCUGUGCAUGCACCAGAGAGUCCACACCGGAGAGAAGCCCUUCAAAUGUGAAGAGUGUGGCAAGGCCUUUCGGCACACUUCCAGCCUCUGCAUGCAUCAAAGGGUCCACACGGGGGAGAAGCCCUAUAAAUGUUAUGAGUGCGGGAAGGCCUUCAGCCAGAGCUCCAGCCUCUGCAUCCACCAGAGAGUGCACACUGGGGAGAAGCCCUACAGGUGCUGUGGGUGUGGGAAGGCCUUCAGCCAGAGCUCCAGCCUCUGCAUCCACCAGAGAGUGCACACUGGGGAGAAGCCUUUUAAAUGCGAUGAGUGUGGGAAGGCCUUCAGCCAGAGCACCAGCCUCUGCAUCCACCAGAGAGUGCACACAAAGGAGAGAAACCAUCUCAAAAUAUCAGUCAUAUAAAGAGUUGCUAAUAGUUAAAAAUCUUAAAACCCAUAAGUGCCACUAGGAAGGAAACCCUAUGAAUGAAUACCUGCAUUGACCCAAGAAAUGGCCCCUGGAAGCCCAGGCAGAAGGUUCCUUUGAGGAGGCGUAGGUGAGGCAGUUUUUAUUCCUCCGAGUGUGUUCCACAACUCGAUGUCCCUCCGAGCGUCUGCCCAGGAUGGGCUGUGAGGUCCCAGCCAUCUCCCACUCACAGGAGGCGGGGGUGUUUCCUGGGCUUCCGGCCCAGCGCCUCCGCAGUUGAGUGCCACACAGGAAACCACGAUCAUCACUCAGUCUCCCGCAUCCCCUCCUUCGGACACUCGCCCCAACAGCAAGUGUCCCAGGUACCCUGUCAGGAGCUCAUGACCCCCUUCUCUUGAUCAGUCGUAUCAGUUAUGCAUUUGAAAGGGACGGCUGCCCAAGGCAGUGCUCUGGAAUUUUCACAGAUCCCAUUGUCGGCACCCCACUUUGCCUGAGUGUCCUCCGAGUCCUUUCCCAGAAGCACCGCCUUCCUAGAUGGCAUCACAUCUCGCUGCAGGUUUCAGCGGCUCGGGCGCCCUCACGCAGCCCAUCGGGUCAUUGGCAGGCGCACGCUCCCCUGACCUUUUUUUUUUUUAGUUUUGUGGGUUCUCAUCACUGUAUUUUCUGUUAGACUUACUUUCUGUCGGCUACAUCACCUAGUUUUAACUUGAACAUUUUUUUUUUUUUUUUUUGGAAAUAGCUGAAUGUAAAUAGGGCUGCAGGAGCAGGUGGAGUUGGAACUCUGUGCCCUCAGGGGCUCCCUUGUGACUGGAUCCUUCUCACCAGGGCAGCCCGGGUGGGAGGGGGGAGGAGCCACUGCUCAUAGACUCAUCCUUAUGAUUCUGGGCAGUGGCCUUGGUUGAGGAUCACCUAUCAGUUCCCUUUUAGGCCUGAAUGGCUAUGCUAGUUACCCUUCUCUCCAUCCAUUCAUUCAACAAGUAUUUAUUGAACGCCCCUAUGUGCCAGGCACUGUGCUGGGUGCGGGAAUGCCACUGAGGAAGACAAGGGCCUACUCAUGGAGUUACUUCCGGUGGAGGAGACAGGCGUGGGUAAACGACGUAGUUUGGGUAGUGAUUGCUAUGAAGACAUAAAAGGGUGAUGUAGAGGGGGGGAGGGUGGGGGUGGGACAUCCUUAGGUAGCAGUUGGGCAAGGCCUUUCUGGGGCGGUGUAGGGUGGAGAGCCGAAACCACAGGGGCAGACUGUGGUGGUUGCGGACAGAGGCGGGCGCGGCGGAGUGAGCAGUGAGGGUUCUAGGCCUUUUUUGUUUGUUUGUUUUCUGCAUUGAUAUUAAACACUCACGUGGAGGAACUCCAGGAACGUCUAGACCAAAAGUCCCCAGUGACCACACAGCGGCCGCGGCCCGCCUGGCUGCCGUCCUGCCGGCGCUGGCCCGCGUGCAGCCCUUUGCUCAGGAAGUCGUGGGGAAGUUAGGGUCCUGGAAGCUGGGACCCGGUGGCCUGUCCCCAGCUGGUGUGUCCACUGGCCCAGGCUGGAAGCAAGCACCCAGCGCAGUCACGGAAGUGCUGACGGAGCUUGAGUUUCUCCCGUGAACUUGUUCGGAAGGGGUUGUAAGGGGAAGGGGGCGGCUGGGGAGCGAGGUGGCCCUGGCUAGCUGGUCCCGGUCUGGCCUGGUCUCCAGACAUCAUUCCUGUGGGGCACGUCCCACACGCUCCCCUCCACCCAGAACGGCCCCUCCCAGGCCGGCCCCGGCCACCAUUCACUGUAGCGUCUUCUCGCGCCCGCCAGCGCGGUGCAGGGAAGCUAGGCGUCUAUAGUCGGUAGAGAGCCUGUUAGCUCGCCGUAGUCUUCGCUAGGUUAGGACGUGGGUUUGGUUUUAGCUUGAUCACUGUUAGGACGGGAGCCGGCAGAUCACUUAGCCUUCGGGCCGGCUUCCUCCCCGGCGAGGACGCGCGGCGAGGACCGGCGUUUCCCGCCGCCUAGAGUUCUAUAUUUCUACAUAGCUGACUUAUUUUAUCAUGCUGUCGCCGGGAAACGACUAACACUUUUGAAGCUACUAAUCUUACGUCAAGCUUUAAAGUCCAUGAUUGUCUUCAGAAAUAUUAUUUGACCUACAGUAUGUCCAGAUCAGUUUAAUAAAUUACUUUAUAAC